UAGUUCAAAGUGGUGAUUAGAUACAUCUGAAAGAAAAUUUAAUAUUUAUUGCACAUUUUUAAUAAUAAUGUAAUUUGGAGUAAUGCUUAAUGAAUUAUAAAUAAUCACGUAGUUCCGUUUAAAAUCUUCAUGGCAAAUUAACAACAGUGUUUCGCUUUGAGCAACCAUGUUGAGUGUGCUGCAGCUGUUCAUUUUGGCCACAGUUGGUGAGGUUCUGAGCAGCGAGGCCGGAACUUUAGAAUUUUUCACACAUGAUCAUGACCUCUUUACCGGCCACCUUAGAACGUUCGCAAAUAACUACCACAGGCACCUACGAGAGGCAGAUACAAUAACAUUAGCAGAAGCUAAAAUUACACUACGAUUACUACAGGUUUACGAAUAUACUACGAACUCUAGUGGCUUUGAUGAAAUUAAAGGUCAAAGUUUUCCUCUGACCGAAGCAGCAAAAUUCUGCACGAUGGGAGCUAAGACGAAAGUGGGUUGUAAUUACUGCACCUGCGUAGCUGGGCAAAUGUACAUAUGCACUGGCACGAUUUGUCCUUCAAAAUCCGAAGACCGGCGACCUUGUGAAAACGGUGAAAAACGCCAAAUAGAUUCCUGCAACUAUUGCUUGUGUCGUAAUGGAGUUGAAAUUUGCACUAAAAAGAAUUGUCAAAAGGCGUACCGAAGCGCAGUAGUUAGAAGUCAUGACACCGACAAUUGUAAAAAUGGGCAAAGCAAAAGAGAAGAUUGCAAUGACUGCAGUUGUAAGGGAGGUAAUUGGGUUUGUACUUUAAAACUGUGCAAAAAAGAGAAAGAGGAAACAGAGGCCGUCCAGUGUAAAGACGGACAAACUAAAAAAAUUGACUGCAACCGCUGCGGGUGUAUUGCCGGUCGGUGGUUUUGCACUCUAAUGAAAUGCAGGAAGAAUAUUAAAAAUACAAAGAAGCUUAACGCUGUCCAGUGUAAAGACGGACAAACUAAAAAAGUUGACUGCAACCGCUGCGGGUGUAUUAACGGUGGUUGGCUUUGCAACCUCAUAAAAUGCGGGAAGAAUCUUUCAAAUAAAAAGGAGAUUAACACUGCCCAGUGUAAAGACGGACAAACUAAGAAAAUAAACUGCAACCGCUGCUCGUGUAUUAACGGUGGUUGGCUUUGCACUCUAAUGAAAUGCGGGAAGAAUGGUAAAAAUAUAAAGAAGCUUAACGCUGUCCAGUGUAAAGACGGACAAACUAGAAAAGUUAACUGCAACCGCUGCGGGUGUAUUAACGGUCGUUGGUUUUGCACUCUAAUAAAAUGCAAGAAGAAUAUUAAAAAUAAAAAUAAAAAAUACAAAAACAUGAACUCCGUCGAGUGUAGAGCCGGACAAAGUAAAAAAGAAGACUGCAACAGUUGCCAUUGUAUUAAAGGUACUUGGGCUUGCACUCUAAUACAUUGCUCAACCAAACCACAUAGACAAACUUCAAGUCCUGAUAAAGGAAAGUGUUCCAAAGAUGAAACUUUGCAAAUAAAAUGUAUGAAAUGUACAUGUAUCCGUAACCAAUGGCACUGUUCAACGAAUAGAUGUCGGAAACCCUCAAAAAAAUCCCCAACGGUCAGGAGUCAGGAAGGCAUUAACGAGUGUAUAGAGUGGCGACGAAAAACAGUGGACUGCAACCGCUGCCUUUGUUAUAAGGGUGAAUGGUUUUGCACCAAAAACCCGUGCAAUAGAGUAUUAUAUCCAACACCACCGAAACUACCUGCUCUACCUCAAGGAUCCUGCACACCGGGCGCAUUGAUGGAACUAAAUUGUGUAUUGUGUAAAUGUGCACGCAACCGUUGGCGCUGUUCAAACGUAGAUUGUGAGAAGAAAAAUCUUGAUAAAAGAGUGUGCAAAGAAGGAACCUCGUGGAUGAAAGACGCUUGCAACAGAUGUUAUUGCCAUAAUGAACGAGAAUACUGCGAACUCAAAAAUUGUUACGAACGAAAUUCCUUGAGACGAACUAAAAUGUGUUCGGGGUUCGAUCGAAAUUAUCAAGAAUGUAAACAGUGCAAAUGCGUAUCCAAUUACUGGAUAUGCAGAGGAAAAUGGUGUCCAGAACUGGUCGAACUUGGUCCUAUGAUAGACCAUGGUCUUAUCACAAAUUACUCACCGGAAAUCCUGUUAUAUUUAAAACUUUGCAAAGAAGGACAAAAAACCAAGUUGGACAGAUGCACUGAUUGCUUAUGUUAUGCUGACGAGAAGUGGCGUUGUUUAAUAACUUGUGAUAUCAGCCAGACCACUACCACGAAACCGAAUUAUGACAAAUUAAGUGUAGAGAAUGUUGAAGAAUGGGGUACAGUUCCAUCAGAUGAUUUAGGUCUAAAAAGGAAUGAUGAUUAUAAUAUUACAUUUCACUUGGUCCCGGACGAACUAUGUACAUCGGGAAGCAUGAGUAUACGGCAAUGUAACCAAUGCUACUGUUACCAAGGAAUCUUGUAUUGCAGAACUACUAAUAAAUGUAAGCCUAAUGACGGUCGUGACAAAGAGGACAUCAAAGAUACUGGACACUGCAAUUUCGGAUUAACAUUUAGAUUGGGUCCAUGUGUUCGGUGUAAUUGCGAUUCUGGCGCUUAUAAUUGCGAUGAAAGAAUUAAGUGUGUAGAUUUUGAUUUCAACCCCGAAGGGGAAACACCAUGCCCAAUGCGUGGAAGAAGAUUUACAAAGGGCCCUUGCAAUUUCUGCGUUUGCUAUUCCAAAUCACAUUUUCUUUGUUCGGAUUUACCGUGUCCGCAUUCUGGAAGUGAAGAAUUGCCAGCUUACUUACGGGGCCCCCGGGAAUCAGCUGCUAAAUCGCAACAAGAGGGCAACUGGUUCGCAACAAGCGGGCAAAAGAUUCGCAACAAGAGGGCAACAGAUUCCUUGAGACGAACUAAAAUGUGUACGGGGUUCGAUUUAAAUUAUGAUCAUCCAUGUAAACUGUGCAAAUGCGUAUCCAAUUACUGGUUAUGCAGUGGAAGAUGGUGUUCAGAACUGCAUGAUGUUCAUAAAUUCCCAGAAGUAUCGGAUAAGGAAACCAUGUUAUAUUUAGAACUUUGCAUAGAAGGACAAAGAACCAAGUUGGAUAGAUGCACUGAUUGCUUGUGUUAUGCUGACAGGAGGUGGCGUUGUUUAAUAACUUGUGAUAUCAUACAAUCUAAACCGGAUUAUACGCCGACUACACACCCCACAGAAUUAUAUGAAGAGUAUGGACAGUAUGAUUAUCAAUUGCCGACUACACACCCCACAGAAUUAUAUAAAGAGCAUGGACAGUAUGAUUAUCAAUUGCCGACUACACACCCCACAGAGUUAUAUGAAGAGUAUGGACAGUAUGUCACAACGGAGGGAUCCUACAUUAAACUCUUUUUUCUAGACAUGAAUGAUGAUUUUAAUGUUACAUUUCACUUGUCCGCAGAGCUAUAUGGCGAAAAAUGUAAACCGGGAAGCAUGAGUAUACGGAAAUGUAACCAAUGCUACUGUUAUGAAGAAAACUGGUAUUGCAAAACAACCGAUUGUAAGGGUGACAGUCCUAAGGAAAUAAAGGAUAUCAAAGAAACUGGAAACUGCAUUUUCGGAAAAGUAUUUAGAGUGGGUCCAUGUACUCGGUGUAUUUGCGAGCCUAACGGUUAUAACUGUACUGACAAAAUUGAGUGUAUAUCUUUUGAAGACGACUUAGGGCAAACAUCAUGCACACCUGGAAAAUCGUUUAAAAGGGACCCUUCUUGCGGCAGGAUAUUUUGCACUUGCUACUCUAAGGGAUUUGUUUGUUCGGAUAAUCAGUGUUCGCCAGAAAUGGGAAAUUUCAGAAGGUUACGUACGAGUGACAGUUCUUCCUCUGAACUUGAGGAUAAGUGCAGACUGGGCGACACAUAUCGGCAAGACGCAUGUAACUACUGCUAUUGUGAUAAAAACAGAGAACGUGUCUGUACGAACCACAAGUGCCCCUAUCCUAAAUCUACUCAGUCGCAGUAUACACCUUCCAUCGUGGAAGAAAAAUGCACAAUAGGAGUAAGAUUUAGAAAGGAUAAAUGUAAUUACUGCUAUUGCAAUUAUGAGCUGAAAUUAAUUUGUUCACGCAAUACUUGUUUCCGUACCAGAGGUCUUUUACGAAACUCUUUGCCCACCGUCUGCACAGUAGGACUCAAGUACGAUAUAGACUACUGCAACCAAUGCCAAUGCACUUCUACGAAACGAUGGAAAUGCACUCAAAAUAUAUGCCCUUCGAUUUAUGAUCAUCUCCUGCUACGGUCAGAAAGAAAGUCCUGCAUUGAUGGUAGCAAGCGUAACAAGGAUUGCAAUCAUUGCAUCUGUCACAAAGGAAUCGAAUUAUGUACACAAAUCCGUUGCUGGCACGACCAUCCAAGUCGUAGCUAUACACACUUGACGGAGCCCGAAUGCGAGCACGGGGAGUCUAUACCAGCCCCCGACGCUUGCAAUAUGUGCAUUUGUAUGAACAAUGAUAUUCUAUGCACCGAAUACCCCUGCCUUGAACGAAAAGUUUCAGGAAGGUCUGGUAAAUGUACCGAGGGUGACAGAUAUUACUUGGAGGACCGUUGCAACUUCUGUGUGUGCCAAGAAGGCCAAGAAUUCUGUACCGCAAGAGCUUGCCUGGUCGAUGAGACAUCUCCAAAGGAUAAAUGUAAGGAAGGAGAAAUGACCAAAUCUAGCGAUGGCUGCAAUAUGUGUGUCUGUACUGAAGGAAUACUUAGUUGCACAGACUUUAAAUGUCCUAAAUCAAGACUUAGAAAAGACCCUUUAGAAACUAGUGAAUCCAAACCAUUUACUUCCUUAAAAUCUAAAGAAAAGGCAAAGUGCGUAGAAGGAAAAAUGUAUGUAAAUGAAGAAGAUGAUCCUUAUUGCCCUGAUACCUGCUUUUGUGACAAUGGCGAACUACUUUGCACUAAUAGGAAAUGUGAUUGGGGACAUGGAAAAGCACACUUUCAAGAACCACCACCAAAAUCUUCAUUAUCUCCAAACAAUAUGACAAGUGACUUCGUGUCUUGCGUGGAUUAUGAAGAAAUGCCUGCUGACGAUGCUUGUUCUGUAUGCAUGUGCCUGAAUAACCGGAGGGUCUGCACUAAGGUGCAUUGUACUGAAAGCGAACCAAAUGUAGUUUCAUCCCGAUUGGCUGAUGUUGACAACCAGGCUAAUCAAAAUCGGAAUGCAAAGAAUAAAGAAAUUUUCUGUGAGCCCUUUACAUUCUUCAGUCCUGACAACAAUCGAUACUGCAGGAAUUGUUUUUGCUUACAUAAUGGCUUAGCGCUGUGCUUACUGAACUUGUGCAAAUAUUCAAAAGAAGUCGAACAUAAAUCCCGAUUAUUCGAAUCAGGAUGUAUUCCGGGUGAAACCGUGAAUCCGAGCAAGUGUCUCUCAUGCACUUGUUCUGAUCAAAACAAAUGGGUGUGCUACGGAAAGGCAUUGAGAGAGUGUCAAGAAAGGGAUUGCGAUGCAAAGGACGAGUUUCACAUGGGUUUCAAACCCUACUGUGCAGAGUGCCAAUGUUCGCUAAAAGAGUGGUUCUGUUCGAUAAAGCCUAAGACGUGUAAAGGUAACGCCAAAUGUCCUAUGGGCACCCUCAUACAAAACCCGAACCAGCACUGCAGUGUCUGCCUUUGUGGAGGAACCGAACCAGGGUCCCAAAAUAUGUGCUUCACCGAAGUAAAGUGUGUCAAACAAGUCAUCAACCAAUUGAUUAACUAAUGCACAGUGGUUUAUUUGUAAAUAUUAGCGUCAAUAAAUCUAAAAAAUAACUGAGCAAAAUUGAGAUGUAUUUUUUUUUUACCUACAUGUGAUUUGACCAACUCGGUCCAGAAUUUGCAUUCAGGCAGUCAGCUAUUUGGCAGAAAAAGUCCCUUCAAAAUUGGUUCAGCCCUUUCUUAUGUCGGCCAGAACAAACAAACAAUUUUUUUUUAAGUCGUAUAAAUCCAUACGCACUUAACAAAGGAGCAAUUAUUUUAACAUCACAAACAGACACUCCAAUAUUAUUUACCUGUAUAAACUCUCACAUUCAGUCUGCCAAUUUUCCAAAAAGUACAGUGAACAAAUACAGGCAAUAAGUAUUAGUUUCUGUCAGCCGGCUGGCAUCAGUCAGAACACCUGUGCCCUUUUCAUUACUUUGCUGAAAUACACCGCCUCAUUCCGAAGCACCUGGUGGAUUUAUAAUUAUUAAUUCAGCUUGUUAAUGUGUGCUUUUACUACCUGGAGUUUGUGUUUUAUUUGUACUGUGAAUGUAGUUUCUUUAUGGUACACUAACUGGC